UUAUAUAUAAACGACAGACUAGCUUCAGCUAGUGUCUAUGUCUCAAAAACAAAACAAAAUCUCAAAAAAUAUAAAAAGAUUAAACAUCAAUGCCUGGUGUAAGCAAUAUCCUUACUGCAACGAUCGAUUUUAGCUUCACAGUCUUCGGUGUUAUAGCAAUAGCCACCGGCCUGUUCAUCUGUACCCAUGGCGGAAGCAGCCAUUGUCAACAGCUUAUACAAAAUCCUCUCUUGAUAAUUGGUUUUUAGUGUUGGUGAUUUCAUUAUUAGGGUUAGCUGGAUCGUGUUGGAAGACAAUUCUUUUCUUGUUGCUUACUUGUUCGUCAUUUUCUUUCUAAUUGUAGGGCUUAUAGCUUUACAGUUUUUACAUUCUUGGUUUUAAAUGAAGGUGCUGCUGGUAAAAUGGUUUCUGGAUUAGGGUUUAAGGAGUUCAGAUUGGAAGAUUUCCUUAGAUUCUUGCAGAAAUAUUCUAUUGAUCAACACAAUUGGGUUCAUAUCAAGGAGUGUUCGAUUGAUUCCCGCACUUGCAAGAAUCUAAUUAUCCAAACUUCUGUUCAGAAAGAAUCUGAUUUUUACAGAAUGAAAUUGUCUCCGCUUGAGUCGGGUUGCUGUAUACCACCACCAAGUUGUCACCUAGAAUAUAAGAACCCUACAAUUUGGACAAUGCCCGAAUCAGGACUUGCAAUGAACAAUGAUAGAGACUGCACUACAUGGAACAACAAUCAGCACUUGCUAUGCUAUGAGUGCAAAUCUUGCAAGGCUGGGAUUUUAGCCAAUUUAAGGGAUGAAUACAGGCUUUUGUUUAUUUAUUAUGAUAUCUUGACAAUUUUGUUCCUUAUUCUUGUUUAUUUCAUUGGGUGUUGAGCUAGAAGGAGCAACAAAUAUCGUUAUGUUAGGUAUUAAUCCAUAUGUUUCUGCCUAAUUGCAGUGUACAUAUAUACACUCUUCUUAUAUAUUUAUCAUGUACAAAGAAAAAAUUUUUUCGAGAAAUCUCAAUUAGCUAGUUAGCUUGUCUUGAAA